ACAGCCAGCACGUCGAGCACUAAUUUCCAGUCGUCUUGUUUUCUUGAUUUCUGUUUAUAAAUUAUGUGUGAUCAUUUUAAUUUCCGUUUGAUAAUUGCUGAUUUUUUCCGCAACAGCUAUUGACAUUUACUUUGCUAGUGAAUUGUUCUGGGAGUAGGAGUGUGUUGGGUGUGCGACCAUCGCGAUCACGAUGGCAGCGAGUGCGUCUGCGAACAGCCUGAGCAGCAGCGUGAGCAGUGCUGCUGCGCAUGUUAUAAACAACAAACUUGGCGUGUCAGCCAGCAGCUCCAUGGACGAUCUGGUGGAGCCCAUUAUUGAGCCGAUCAAGAGCGCCCUGGUGGGGAUCGAUAAAAAGAUCCGCAAUAUGGAGAAGAAGAAGUCCAAACUGGACAAUCUGCGAGAUGAAGUGCAGAAGAGCGGAAAACCGUUAAACGAAGACCAGGCGCAAUCCCUGGCGCGGUACGAAGACAACAACCAGCAGCUAGAGACGUUCCGGGAGUUGCAGAAGCAGUUCAUGGUCUGCGCGGAAGACAUCAAAAAGUGCUACCGCAAGAUCCUCCGCAAGGAACAGCAGGCCGAACACGAUCGCCUCCUCGAUCUCGAGAGAUACCGGGCGGUGGUGAUGGCCCUAGAGUCGCCCGAUGUUCUCAUGGAUGUCAUCCAGGAGACGGAGGGACUUCCUGAGAACUGCCGGGAGCAGGUGGAUCAAGUACGGCGGCUGCUGUUCCCCUUCCGGUCGGACCUCCUCCCGGAGGGUUCCGGUGGGAGAGCCUCGUCGGAACACCUGCAGUUCGUGACGGAGCAGCAGUGUCAUCUGCUCCAUGGGCGUUCCCUGCAGGUCACGCCCAGCGGGAAGGAGCUAACGGGCUGUAAAGAGCUUUUGGACGUCCUGUUGGCCUCCCCCUUCUUCGCCUCCCAUCCCGAUGUCCUUCACAGUAAAUCUCGCUCCCCUUUGGCCUUGCCGACGGAGCCCCAUGUCGCAGCGCCCGGUGCCGCCAAAAAAGACGCCCGUAUUAAGUCGCCCAGUGUUGUCACUCACACGCCGCAGCAGGCCAGCUCUUUCAAGUCAGCAGCCAGCGUGAUUGUGGUCGGUGAAGAAGCCGGUGUCAGUCAAGUGAUGUCAAACGUUCCCAGUGCUGUACCUGUGAUUCCGCCGCCGGAUUACCAGCAUGGGUCCAGCAUGUCGUUUGUUAACAGCAAGAUUUCAUCCGGCAUGGUUCCUCCCGUUGUUCCAGGGCAGCAGCAAAUCGUGGCCAAUUCCUCGGCUGGAGUGCCGCAUACCGGGCUGUCUCCUUCUGCUGUCCCACUAGGCGCCGCCGCGUUACCUGUCAGCGGCGGCUUGCAGUCAUCCAUGGGCGCGCCCAACGUCAGCGUUCCUCCUCUGAUAGUCCCCACGGUACCGGUGGCGGCCGCGUCCACUGCCAACGCUUUCCCCGUCAGCAGCGGCGCGGCGGGACUGGGCGCCUUCCACGGCCACGGACCAAACCUCGUCCCUUCCAACCGCAGUGGCCACGGUUCCGUCGGCGAUCGAGACCGGGACCGCGAACGAAGCGGCUCCUUUGGCGGACUGAUGAUGGACGUCAAGGAAGAACCGGGAGCACAUGUGGGGGCCAUUGGCAGCGGGGCGCCGCAGCGGAUGACGCGGCCGCCUCUCCCACCCGACAAUGCCGUUGCUCAAGGGCAGAGCGCAUGGCAAAGCGGACGUAUUGGAACGUUUGAUCCCAAGAAUCCAGAUGGAGAUGCCUCAGAUCUGAUGGGCGGUGCUGAUGCCUUUCGUUCCCAUUCCCCGGCUGAUAAUCAGGAAAACCGCGGAUUCGGUGAUGAUUUGUACAAGCGGCGUGAUCAGGACAACGGCUUCGGGUAUCGCGAUCGCGGUGCGGGCGCCCGCCCUGGCAUGAAUCGAGGGGGUCGCGGAGGCUUCGAACCGCCGAUGCGCAACGACCGGCGCAGUUUGGACGAUAGCAACGAUCGCGGCAGGAUGGAUGACCGACGGCGUUUCCACAACGAUCGCAACAUGGAACGUGGCGGCGGCGGUCAGGGGUCGCGAGGGGGUGUACCGCCGAUGGGGCGCUACCCUGGUGAUAAUCGCAAUGCCUAUCGAAACAGCAACGAUUUUGAGCACAACGGCAAUGGAGACGCCAUGCUGACUUCGUCCUCGUCUUCGCAAAAUAGCAUGAUGAUGGGGAAGGAGAUGGGCGAGAAGGGCAGCGGUGCGGGCCCCACCAACGACAGCCACACCGACUACGGCCUUUUCCACAUGCCCAAUCCCGGUUUUAAGGGCCGUACCGGUUUAGAGCAGGACCGCCGCUACGAUCGCAACCGCGACAGGGACCGCGAGCGGGAACGCGAACGUGAUCGCGAUGACCGCAACCGCGGGAACCGCCGUACCGGCAAUAUCUACAUGUGAGCUGCUCUCGGCUUCCACGAGAUUCCACGGGUUGAGGAUUGUCUGUCUUGAUGUGCAUGAACAGACGGGAUUGAGUGUGCGUUAACUGUUCUUUCUUCUGUGUUGGUUGUUGUCGUCGUCGGUGCUGUGUGCCGCCGGACGCCAUUCAUUUUGUGCCGGUGUGGGCGGCCCCUGCGUGUGGACGUCAUUUUGUUUUUCAUGCAGCUGACUGGCUGGCGCUGUCUGUCUGUCGGCUGCCCGACCGCCAGUGUGUGUCCAGACAGUCGGUAGUCAGCGGCCGGGCUGGCUGACUGGUGAGUGUUCGACGAUUAGUCAGUCCCUCUUUCUCAGCACUUUCUUCACUAACUCCGCAGUCGGCCUGGUUAGUUGAAUGGAUUGAUUGACUGGUUGAUCGAUUUGAUAAUAGUAGUGUAUUUUCACUCCUAAUUACAUUAAACUGAUUUACAAAAUUCUUGCUUCUUUUCUGUUUAGUUCACCUUUUCUGCAAUGUUUUGCUUCUGCUAUUUUGUACCGUCAUGGAGAAGCUUUCUCGAUA